UGGUCUCCUGACUUCGCCCAGUCUAGUAGACUUGGAUAUUUUCAGGAUUUACUUUCUUUUCAGUCUUGCUUUAUUGAAACUUAUGUUAGACUGUGGACAAAUACACAACUUAAUUUAAGGAAAACACAAGGAAAUGUACAAAAUGUGACGUCCUUUACUAUGGCCUCUGGAAGUCAUGGUGGAAAUGAGACAGAAUUCCACAGGCUCAAACAGGCCCAUCCCUGCAACCCUCUCAAACACAGGAUCCACACUGGAGCCGAGGGGAAUAUGAGGGAGGUGGAAUAUUUAAAUAAGGAAGAAAUAGAUAAAGAGAGAUUUCCAGUGGGUCGUUGCGCACACAACUUUGGCAAAGCGAAACGAGCGUCCGCGUGCAAGAGGAAGACGCGCGGCGUGGCGGUGAGCAGCGGGCAGCGCCGCAGAGCUCCCCCCGCGGGCGGGGCCCGUGACAUGGCAAACAAAGAGAACGAGCUUGCCUGCGCCGAGCCCGCCCAUGGCAUCCCCGGCUUCCCCGUGAACUCCGCAGAGGCCUCCAAGAUGGCAGGGGCCGGCUCCAAGUACAGCGAUUACUUCAGUGAGUUGUCGAAGGAUCACGACGCGAUGACUCACGUGCUCUUUGGGAGGAAUCUCAGGCUAAACGUGGCUUUGACUCUCUGGCGAAAAAACGCCAGUGAACUUGUGGCAUACUUGAUUAGAAUACAAGAUACAGGUGUUCUUGUCGACUGCCUGCCUGUACUGUCUAAAAGUCUUCAAGAUGAAGAGACAUCUGUAUCAAUCGGCUGUUGUGUGGACCUUUUACCACAAGUGAAGGCCAUACUUGCCAGUAAAUAUGAUGUACACUUGACGGUGGCUUUGCACUGGGUUCAGUCUGUCAUUAAAAAAUGGUGGCCUGAACUGUCUGCAAAUGGCAAAAACUUACAAACGGACUCCUCCCGCGACAAGAAUGUUGAGAUAAUGAGGAAGCAACUUCAGGAGAUGUGGGAGGAAGGCAGUCGAUUAAGCUCAGUACCAGGAACAGUUGGAGAACUAGCCAAGGUUAUUGAAUCCUUUCUAUCUCAGUUGCGCUGAUGCGUCAAUGUAGCACUCUAAGGAAGAAACCACUACACACACAUGCACGCACGCACGCACACACACACUCAUACACACAGACACGGACGCACUUGCUGCAGUUUGCAGAGCUGCUGCUGCUCUCUCUCUCUGACAGCCUGGGUUGACUGCCUCACUCAGUCAGACCCAGGGAACUGAAGCACUUACCCCGGUAUACACAGGGAAUAAGAUGAACUGAUCAAUUCAGACACUCCCUGAUACAAAAUGAAAAAAAAAAAAAAACUGGACAUAUGGAGGAAGAGGAGGGGGUUUCGGAGCGAGCGUGGCAGUACCCUUCUUCAACACGUCAAAUAACUGCUUCACAUUGAAGUGGAUUGUUUUUGUUAAAGGGGCACACAAUCAAGGCUACGAGACUGUCUGGAUACAGGCGACUCAACCAAGUGCCAAGCUCUUUUGAACCUGUUGUGUGGUGAUCAGCGUAUAAGAAUGUAGUUUAUUGCUAUGUUACUUUCUCUGAAGUCUUCAAUCAAGAACUUGAACUGCAGCAGUCUUAAGUUAUUAGAACUCUUUGUGUCUUUGCCUGAUCA